UGAGGUUGUGAGUUGUGUGUUACGGAAAUGAGAUGACCAGCUUACUAAUGAUACACGUAAAUUUCAUAAGGAACAGACGAAAAACACGGUUAGUGGAAAGGUUGCUGUACAGAUGAAGAGAGUUUGCCUGGUCGACCCUGUGUGUCACCUUUCGUUGCCAUGGCAAUGCCCUAUUUUCCUACAUUCCUGCUCCUUCUUUUUCUGACCUCCUUCGCUCUUUUGCUUGUGACCCUCCUGCCCGCCGUUGCCCCAUUGAUUCCCUUUUCCUCCUCUCCUCCCUCACCUUGGCCGUCACUCUCAUGCGGCCUAGGUCAGUCCUGGGCCGUCCGGCUCCACUCUGGCCCUCAUCAUGACGAAGAGUAUGGUGAACAAAGCUCUGAGCACCUGGAUGUGAUAGCCAACAGGGUAGCAGAGCAGGCUGGGUUGAAGAACCAGGGCCAGAUCGGACAGCUAGAAGGCCACUACUUGCUGUGUUCUGAAAAACCUGGAUCUGCGGCUGGUAUUUGGAGCAAGAGCAUCCGGCCUGGGGACGUCCUGGCAGCCCACCCUCAUGUCCUGUGGUACUCCCAGGACAGAGUGCUGAGCCGCUCUAAAAGAUCGAUGGCCUUCAAUGAUCCCAACUACCCUAAGCAAUGGCACCUGCACAAUUCUCGCAGUAAGGGUAUGGACAUCAACGUAACAGGAGUGUGGGAGCGCAACAUCACUGGUCAGGGGGUCACAGUGGUGGUGGUAGAUGACGGGGUGGAGCACACCCACAAGGACAUCCAGCCCAACUAUAGUCCAGAAGGUAGUUACGACCUGAACUCCAAUGACCCUGACCCCAUGCCUCACCCAGACGUCCACAGCGACAACCACCACGGGACACGAUGUGCUGGAGAGAUCGCAGCUGUUCCCAACAACAGCUUCUGUGCGGUGGGUGUGGCCUACGGCAGCAAGGUGGCAGGCAUCAGAGUCCUGGACGGCCCACUGACAGACAGCCUGGAGGCCAUAGCCUUCAACAAGCACUACCAGGUCAAUGACAUCUACAGCUGCAGUUGGGGUCCAGAUGAUGACGGACACACUGUGGAUGGACCCCACCCCCUGGGAAAGGCGGCGCUUCAGCACGGAGUGAUCGCAGGCAGACAAGGAUUUGGCAGCAUCUUUGUGGUUGCCAGCGGGAACGGAGGUCAGUAUGAUGACAACUGCAACUACGACGGCUAUGCCAACUCCAUCUACACCAUCACAAUCGGAGCGGUUGAUGAGAAAGGAAGGAUGCCCUUCUACGCUGAAGAGUGCGCAUCAAUGCUGGCUGUCACUUUCAGCAGUGGGGGGAGCAAGCUGAGGAGCAUUGUGACGUCAGACUGGUCCAUGCAAGAGGGCACCGGGUGUACAGAGGGCCACACUGGCACCUCUGCUGCAGCCCCACUGGCUGCAGGAAUGGUGGCCCUCAUGCUGCAGGUCCGUCCCUGUCUCAGCUGGAGGGAUGUCCAGCACAUCAUCACCUUUACUGCCACCAAGUGCGACAACAGUGCAGACUGGAGGGUGAAUGGAGCUGGUUUCCACCACAGCCACCAGCACGGCUUUGGUGUGCUCAAUGCAUGGAGACUCGUCAAUGCCGCGAAGGUAUGGGAGUCAGUGCCGUUUCUCGUGUCCUAUCAGAGCUCAGUAAUAAAAGAGGAAGUGUCCAUCGCAGCUUAUCCCAACGAGCUUAUCCGCACCUGGCAAGUUUCUGCUGCGGACCUGAAACAGUCUGGGAUGGAGACACUGGAGCAUGUGGCUGUUACCGUGACAAUAACUCAUCCAUGCCGUGGCAACCUGGAGGUUAUGUUGGUGUGCCCCAGUGGAAUGACAUCAGUUAUCGGGGCACGCCGCGCCAUUGACAGAGACCCUGCAGGCUACCAGGACUGGACUUUCUCCACUGUGCGCUGCUGGGGGGAAAGAGCUGAGGGCCAGUACACCCUCAAGAUAUCAGACCACAAGGAGUCGUCACUUGAGCAGUGUGCCGCUGUGGGAGUGCUGAAGCAGUGGCAGUUGACCCUGUAUGGAUCCUCUAUGACCUUCAGCGAGGUCAAGGACAGACAGAGGCUGGUGGAGGAGGCCAUGAGCGGGAAGUAUCUGGACAGCAGCUUCUCUCUGCCCUGCCCCCCAGGCCUGGACAUUCCUCCAGAGAUCAUCAGCCCCUUCACUUCCAACAACCUCAAGUUCCUGCUGUUGCUGGGCUGCUUUGCUCUUUUCUGGUCCCUCUACUUCACACUGGAGGUCACUCUGGCCCACCUGGACUUCAGGGGCUUUCUCUGCCUGCGCAGAAGACGUGGAGGUCACCGGGCCAGGAAAGGGCACCGAGGGAGGGGAGUGGAGGAGGCAGAGGAGGAAGAGGAGCAGGAUUCAGGGGUGGAGUUGCAUGCAGUGUUGGACUCCGAGGCCAAAGCGCCGCUUUUAGAUGGAGAGCAGCUGACAACAUAGCACUGAGCCAGGUGAUGGGUCAAAACCUUUUCACUCUCUGCUCAUGAGACAUCUCAGGCUUUCCUCCUCAAUCUCCAGUCAACCUGAAGCCAAGUUCACACUACACAGCUUUCAUUAGUCAGAUCACUGUACUGUUCACACUACACAGCUGCUGUCUUGUAAUCGGGAGUCUUGAAGUUGUGGUCUUUCACCAGGGACGAAUACCCGAUGAGUGUGUGUGAUGCGCAGCCAGACCUACAACCUCGCGUCUUUGAACAGCUCGCACAGAGCACCAAUGUGUGAGCACAGAGCCGACGCAGAUUUGCUCCUGAUCUGGGGCUUUUGUCUGUCAAGGACUGGAAAACCAGGGUUGAAGUCGUGUGGUAUGAUCUAGGCGUUAUCUUUGGUGGUGGGGGUCACAGUGUAGUCUGCAGAUGGACUUGACUGAAGAGUGGAUUUUUUUGUCAAUGUCUGCAUUCCCCGAACAUGUGGCCUUUCUAAAUCUAUGUUUGUGCCGUGACAGUACAUGUGGAAAAUGUGGAUGUGUGUGCGUGUGUUCUUGUACACCUGUCCUUCUCUCAAAUCCUCCUCCUCGUAAGGAAAGACAAAAUGAGAAACAUCCUUUAAAGUGAGGGAAUUUUGUCAGUCCGGGGGUUGCGUUUCCCAUCAGUAUUAGGUUUGGGUAAGAGUCAGGGUGAGCCGUGAACAGGAGAGGGACCUAAUAUGGUUUAAUGUCACAGUAUAACUGCAUGUUUGCAUGCACGAAAGUGUGUAAACAGGCUUGUCUGUGUGUAAAUGUGAAAGAAGUACUGAGCUUACAGAUUGAUGCGAUCGGUUCAUGGGCACCUGCGGGGUCAUUAAACCAAGGUAACGAUAAAAAUGUGAUGUGCACUACUGGAUGGUAGGAAUCUACUGCGUGUGAGAGUGUGUGUGUGAUCUUCUGCUCCCCUGAGUGUGUGUGUGUGUGUGUGUGUGUGUGUGUGUGUGUGUGUGUGUGUGUGUGUGUGUGUGUGUGUGUGUUGUGACAUGAGCGGGUGUGUAAUAUGCAAGGUCUUCCAUGAAAAUGUAUCCUCGAUUGUGAGGUUCCAAGAGAAUACUGAUGUAUUUUUCAAAAUAAGAUUUAUUUUCUGAGGUGAUGUAUUUGAUUUUUAAGUCAUUAUCUGCGGGCUAUCAACCAACUACUGAUAAAAACUUGAAGUGGGAUUUUCAAGCGUGGGAUUUGUAUAUGUAUUUUUUUACUGAAGUGUAAUAUAUACACAAUGUGUGCCUGCUGUACAGAUAUAUACCGACCGUGUUAAAUGAUUUAUACAAAGUGUUUUUAAGAAUGUAUUAAAGAAUUUUUUUAAUGGAAAGGAGUGUUUGGAGUGAAGUCGGAAACUGUGUUUUGCUGUGCAAGCCACAGGUGAUCAGAAUGAUAUUAAAAGAUUGUUGAUGGAAAA